AUGGUCGAGGCAUUGGCAGCAGCUUUCACGGAUAAUCUUUUGACAUGUAGCAUCUGCCUGGGAGAGUAUGACGACCCUCGUGUGCUGCCUUGCUACCAUACAUUUUGCUAUGGUUGUAUAUGGGACUAUGCUACGCGAACUGUUUCUCAGGACAGGACAUUUUUGUGUCCCCUUUGUAGAGAAGAGUUACUAUUUCCAAGAGAAGGACUAUCACUGAAAAAGAAUCAUAUGAUUCAGAAGGCAAAAGAUCUUCUCAGUCAGCGUCAGCAGCAUGAAGUCUCAUCCCCAAUCAAAGACAAUGAUGUGCAUGGUGUGACACAAGCCAUUGCAGAAAUGAUAAGUACGUGUGAGAAGCAUCCUACAAAUGAAUUGAAAUACUACUGUGAAGACGAUGAUGCCGUUGUUUGUGGUGACUGUGUACCUAAAGAGCAUUACAGGCAUGGUAUCGUGCCCGUUGAGCUUGUGGCGAAUAGCAAUCGAAAAAAGAUUAAAGCUGUCCUUAAGAAAAGUGAAACAAAACUGGACAUGUUUAAAGAAGCAGUUGCAAAGAACAGGACCAAUGAAUUGGAGGAGUUCAAUACGGAAGAUACCAUCAACAUAAUUCAAGGACAGGCUCGAUCUAUCCAAAGACUGGUUGAGCAGAGAGCACAAAGACUGAUAUCAGAAGUAAAUUUUGCUUGUGAUAUCAGAAAAAUGCAGGAGGCAAACAAGGACACCUUCGAACUUCACCAUGCCUCCUUAGAAAGUGCCUGCAGAUUUGCCCAGGAACUUGUAACAAAUGGCUCUGAUUCUGACAUCAUGCUUCACACUAAGGCUCUGACAGAGAGACUGACAGUGAUGGAGAAAAUACCAAUGCCAACUCCAGACACACAAGCACAAAUAUCUUACAGACCUGGUAAGAUAUCUGCUGCUGGCCUGGAAGCCAUGUUAGGAGAGGUUAGAGUGCAUUUCAAACCUCCAAUCGCUGAAGAGGAAACAAUUCCAAAAUCAGCAGUGCACUCUCCCGGGCGUGAAGCCAUGUUAGGACAGGCGAUAGUACAGUCACAGCGUCCUAGAUCUAGACUGGGUGUUAUGAACCUUCUGCACAAUCUUCUGAGUCCAAGAUCAGCACCACAUUCUGUUUUCUUAGAGAAGGCAAAAUGUGUGCAUUCCUUCAAAGCGAGACUGAUUGAUGAUAAAAGUGACACGUUCGUAACUGGGCUGGCCAUAGCUGAGCAAUACGUGAUUACUGUGGAUGGAAACAACUCUGUUAGUAAAGAAGGAAAAAGCAUGACAAAAGUAUUCACACAUGCAGGAGAAUUCGAAUUUGAUGUUAAACUAAAUAACCCAUUUGAUGCGGCCGUGUCACAGACUGGCCAACUGUACAUAACAUCACUGGGUGACAAAUGUGUCAAAGUGUACUCCACCAGUGGUCAGGAUGUGACAACCAUCGGUUGCGGUAAACUUGAGGGUCCACGUGGUAUCACAAUCAACAAACAAGGUCAUGUGAUGCACCUCCUGUACAUAACAGUGAACAGGGUGGAUGAUAAUAUUGUGAUAUCAGACUAUGGCAGUGACUGUGUACAUGUGCUGUCACCUACUGGUGAUCAGCUGCACCAGUAUGGCACACGAGGCAGUGGUGAUGGUCAGCUGUGUGGACCAGGGGGAGUGUGCACAGACAGCUUUGGUCACAUCUUCAUUGCUGACUAUUGGAACCACAGGAUAGUGGCACUGAGUCCACAGGGACAGUUCAUCAGAUACAUUGCCACUGCCGACGAUGGGUUAGAGAGUCCCACAGCAUUAGCCAUCAACCCUGCUGGCUAUCUGGUGGUAGCAUGUGGUGACAAAGUUAAGACAUUUCAGUACUUACAAUAG